AUGAAGGCUAGUACUGUUCUCGUCGCUCUUGCCGGCGCCCUUUCCACCAUGGUUGAGGCUAGAGCCUGCACUGAGGGCCUCAACUACUGUGGCAAAUAUCAGUCCGAGAUCGACAACGAGCUCAAGAGAGUCAACCUCCCCGUCCAGAGCCCUUACGAUAAAAACUCCCUGUUCCAUUGCGGCAGCGAUGGAUGGAUCCGCUGGAACGUCUACUGCGGCAACUGCGUCGACGGCGGUGGCGGCAGAAGCGACUACUGCCGAUAA